UUAGCUGGGUCCUAUUUCUAAUUCUACACACUCACGUUGCAAGCGCGCGUUACCUGCGAGCUGAUGGAGGGUCGUCGAGGACAUUUUAUGACUGUACGAUACUAAAGUAAAGAUCAACGUUAUGAAAACCAGAGAAUUGGAUUGAAAGCUGCGGGAUGGAUGGUUUAGCAGGUUGUGCUGAUUCCAGAGGAAUUGUGCAAGAUUCCACAUCAACUCAUUCUCAUUCCACGAGGGUUGUUGCUGAUGAGGACAGUGUACACGUGCAUAGUCAAGAUGAUUCAGAGACCCAAGAUGAACAACAAAAUGCCACUACCAACAAGAAUUGUGCUGUUAGCAGUUCCAGCAAUCCACUGUUUGAUACAAAUGCCAACAAAUCAGUCACCGUGUACAGAGAAAAAGAUAUGUCAUCACAUGAAGUAAACCUUGACACUUGGAACAAACAGACCAAGACCACAGGAUUAAACAGUGAACACCACUCAAUGAGUAGCAGUUCUUGUGCAUAUGGGGAAACAUCCAUGAGUUGUGCCCAUUCUAGUGGGGGUCAAGUUGGAGAAUCAGAUGGGUCUGCGCAAAGUGUUCUAGUACUCGAGAAACCAUUGAACGAAGCUCUAAAUGAUGCAGGACACUUCUCCUAUGUUACACUGUGCAGUGUAAAUUUGUCAAUUCUAUUUGAGGACCAGUGGAACAAAGAUUGGAAAGAGAGAACCGUCCGUAGCCUGGUGAAGCACAUGAAUCUACCCAAGAAGGUGGUGGACACAAUGCUGAUGUUCAUGAGUACACCGCAUGAUAAAGAGGAUGCUAUGAUCUUCGCUGACAGCUUGAGGGAAGACCCUAGCCUUGUCAAACCACAACUUGUGCCACAGGAUCUAAUAGGUCAUGCCUUGGCAGAUGGACAGUAUGAUGCCCGUUCUCGGGUCUUGGCUCUUCAUGUUGCCAGCUUGAUGGGUGUGCAAGAGACAGAGAUCCACGACUUUGAAGCUACAAUUGUAAACUCCUUCAUUCAGGAAGAGGUGGAGCUGUCAGAAGAAGAGCAGAAGGAAAAGCAGAAACGAGCCAAGAUGAAGAAAGUCAAGCGUUUUGCGAUGAUAGGGGCAGCAGCAGUAGGGGGCGGAGCUCUGAUAGGUUUGACAGGUGGACUUGCUGCUCCUUUGAUCGCUUCAGCAGGUGCAGCAUUGCUGGGAGGGAGCAUUGGUUUCCUUGGUACUGCAGCAGGUGUGGCUGUCAUGGCAUCUGUUUUUGGUGCAGCAGGGGCAGGGCUUACAGGGUUCAAGAUGAAGAAGAGAGUGGGUGCUAUUGAAGAGUUUGAGUUUGAAUGCAUAUCAGAGGAGAAAGAUUUGCAUGUGACUAUCGCUGUCUCUGGGUGGUUGACUAAGGACACAAUGACUUAUGAGGAUGUUCUUUACAAUAACUUCUCAGUCCCUUGGCUGACCUUGGAAUCCUCUAAGGAGGUUUACUGCCUUCAUUGGGAGUCUAAAUACCUCCUAGCUCUUGGAGAAGCCUUGUCUCUUAUCCUUAAUAAGAUGGUAACGAUGGCAGCUAAGGAAGCUCUCAAAAUGACAGUGCUUGCAGGCUUAGUGGUUGCCUUUGCAUUGCCAGCCGCUGCUUAUUCCUCACUGGUUGCCAUUGACAAUCCGUGGAGCAUAGUGACCAAUCGAGCAGCAGAAGGUGGAAAGCAGCUUGCCGAGGUAUUGUUGUCGAGACGUCAGGGCAAGCGACCUGUGACCUUGAUUGGCUUCAGUAUGGGAGCAAGAGUCAUCUUCUUCUGCCUCAAGGAAUUAGUAAAUAGGAAAGGUUGUGAGGGGAUUGUGCAAGAUGCAGUCCUACUUGGAGCACCAGUGCCUUCAACAGUAAAAUACUGGAAACCAUUUGUGAGGGUUGUGGCUGGAAAGAUCAUCAAUGGCUUCUGCCGAGGGGACUGGUUACUCCAGUUUAUAUACCGUGCAGCCUCAGUUCAAAUGAUAGAUAUCGCUGGACUUGAGCCCAUUGCCUGGAAGGACAGACGGAUGGUCAAUGUGGAUCUUACUGAAAUAGUCAAUGGCCAUUUUGACUACGUGGAGAAAAUGGAUGAAAUCCUCAAUCACAUUGGACUAAGGACAAGGGCUACUUGCAUCUCCCGAAAUCUGACUCAACGGACUAGGACUCCAACUGGGCCUUUUGAUAGUGACCAAUGCGCAUCAUCGUCUGGUUCAAUUGAUGAUCGGGAAAUAGACUAUGCCAUAAUAGAUGCAAAGGAUUUGAUUCUGUCUGCGGAAAAUCCACCCAUGGCUCAAGCAAACAUUCCACAUUGUGAUUUGAAACUUGUUGUAACUGGUCACAACCAGCCGGAACCACUUCAGGUCGGUGCGAGCCACACUGAGCAAAAGGCUUGCUUGGUUUCAACCAGCAAGAGUGACGAGGCUCAGUUGUCAAAGGAGACGAUUGGAGAAGCAGUUGCAAGGUUAGAGGAAUGCUCUAUUAGAAGUGAAGGGACUGCAUCACUUGAGCAUGGCCAAGAUGUAGAGCUAGCAUAUGGAGUACUGACCUGAGCAUUGUGCGAUGUGAUAUCAAUUUUGUUCAUGUACCACUGAUCAUGACCAAGACGUAUGAAGUAAGUCAUUUUCCAGCUCCCACAAAUUUGCUGAAAGCCUGAUUCUCUUUGAAAUUGAAAUGGGCCAGAAAGGCGCUUCCUGCUAGUUGAGCAUAUGAAGAUAGGCAUCUCCAUUAAUUUGAUAUUUUGUUAAAAAAGGGACCAAUCAGACGCCCGAGUCUAUUUGAUCCAAUCCAGGCAAAACUUUCUGACCAUAGUCCGGUGUAAUGCAGAAGAUUGGACAUUUCAUGUGAAUACUUUUCCACACAUCGUUCAUUGUAAAUGCAGCUUCUUCCCCGAUCACACGGUGCUAGAAAGGGUCGUGUUGCUUAAGCAGCCAAUUGCAGAAGUCUAUUGGCCUUUCUGGCAAAAGCUUAUGUCGUAUCUGCAGACAAUCAAGUCUUUGACCUCGGUGCUCCUGUGGGAUUGCAUCGUGUACUUAAAACUUAAGGUGGGAUUUUUCUGCAGGGGAGCUCAUACAAGCUUGCAAUUUGCAACUGUUCUCUCUGUUCUUGGGUGACCAGAGUGUCCUUUGUUUGAUUAUGGCUAGUGCCAUGGUCAUGGAACUUGCAUUAAAUGCCUCCUGGAGACUUGCUGUAGUGGCGUAUUCAAGAGCCAUAAAGGUUUGCUGUUCAACGGUAAAAUGCUGUCGUACCAUGGUGAAGACCAAGUGUAUCUGGCAAUUUAGUAAGCUUCACUUACUACCAACCUUCUUACAUACAUGUAACAUGUUUCAUGGGUUAGGCCUAGCCACUCUUGAGAUAACAGGGGCCUCAAUCUACCUGGCUGAACUGGAAAUUACAUACACAUUGUUGGAACAGAGAAAUGGAUUACUUCAUUCAUCUUGCCAUGAUAUUACAUCACACAAUGCUUGAGUGAGUACACCAUACACUAAAGUAAAAAAAAAAUUAUGGUAAAAAUUGACUUAUAUCAUAUUAAAUGAAUGGGUAGUGCUAGGUAAUGCAUAACCGUAUUGCUCUAUGAAAAACUAAAGUAAGUAAGAUUUGAGGCAUUGCAUGGUGGAUAAGAUUUGGAAAAUACAUUGUUUAAUCACCAAGCUCUUAAAAGCUCUGUCACGGACAUUACGCAAUGCCAGAAUUGCCCAAAUCUAGAUAGCGGGCAGUGUUAAACCAUGUGACCAAAACUGGCAGGGUUACUUCUGAUUUCUGAAAAUGUGAGAAGUUUCCUGAACUUGACACUCAUGGUGAAUACUGGUUUUAUCCAACAAAAGCUGCCUGUCAUGAGUGUUAUCAGUCCUGAAAAUUGAAUUCAUCAAAUUGAAGCUUGCAUCUUCUAAAUUGGUUGCCAGGCAUAAUGCUCAGUUUCUGUAUUUAAAACCCAUUGAGGCAUUGUUCUUUGGGUGUUCACUGGAUGAGGAAAGAGCUUUGUUUCACCUUUUUUUUUUUUAAUGCGAGGGUUAAUCAACUGGUUUAAGUCGUAUCUAACUGGUUUAAGUCAUAUCUAAGUAAACAUAGUCAGUCUGUGAAUAUUGAGGGCUGCAUAUCUAAGGCUCUACCACUUAACACUGGCACUACAGGGAUCAGUUCUAGGUCCACUGUUAUUUAUUAUUAUACAUGUGACCUUUGGCUUUGUAAUUUAUUCAUGCAUGGUUGAGGACUUGACAUUAAGUUGUACCGGUAGUUCUACCAGUGUUGAUUAGAUAGAGAACAAUAGCCCUAGCAAGAAUAUACGAUUGGUGUGGCAGGAACAAACUAACAAUAAACGCCAGCAAAACCAAAUCCAUGCUAACUUACCAAAAGUCUGCAGUGCCGUCCUUAAUGUCAGUAUCACUGGUAGUCCAGUUAUAAAUGUGAACUCUUGUAAAUGUUUUGGUGUUGUUAUUGAUGACACUUCAAGUUGGGGCCCGCACAUUGAAUAUGUGAAGAAAAAUGUUUCCUCUAAACUAGGUAUGCUAAAUAGAAUCCGGACUAUGUUCCCAAAGCAACCUGCACUCUCUUUUUGUUAGCUUAGUUAUGCCAUCUUUAGAUAUUGUAGUACUGUAUGGGGAGGAAGGUACACAAUAUUCUUACUGAACGUCUAAAAAGAGCCGCAUGGAUAAUCCUAAAGUGUGCAUUCUUAACUCCUUAAGCCGAUAUGUUUGCCAGACUUAAGUGGUUGUCAUUUUCAGAAAGAGUUGAGUAUAAAAAGGUUAUUCUUGUUUACAAAUGUAUAAACAAAUUACUCCGUUGUAUGACAAAUCAGUUUACACCACUUAAUCAUAUUCCUGAAACGAGACAAUCCACUGAUAUGGCACUGAUGGUUCCUUUAGAGAAAAUAAGAACCCUCAAGCUUUUUGUAACUGGUACAGUCAUUAUGGAACAACUUGCAUGUACGGUUGAGAACCAUGACUUUUCUAACCUCAUUCAAAUCUAAACUACGUAAAACAUUCAUUCAGUAAUAUUACUGCAAAUAUGGGCAUAUUUUUUCGCUGUUUUGACUGAUUAUACAAAUCUAAAUCUGUGCUGAUAUAUACAGAGUUCACAAACUUGGUUACCAUAAUAAUAAUGAGCCAGAUGGGAAUUUUCCUGUCUUUUCUCCCAAAAGGGAUCAGUGAAUACACAUGUACAGAA